AUGGUGCCCUUUAUACUCCUCGGCUUGGCCGCGCUUGCCGCAGCCUCGAAGCCCCUUCCCACCGCGAUUAUCGACUCUGGCACCAUCGCCGGAACAACAACCUCUCUCCCCUCAUCGACUGCCAUUGUAAACCAGUACCUGGGCGUUCCAUUCGGAAAGAAACCCAUUCGAUUCAGUCCCCCCGUACCCGCCGAGCGCUGGUCAACCCCAUACAACGCGACAACAUGGGGUCCAGCCUGUAUCCAGGAAGUGAGCGAGUCCGUUCAAUUACUUUUCAACUUGCUGAACAUGCCCCUGCCGCUGGGCGGGGAGGAUGAGGACUGUCUGAACCUCAAUGUCUUCACGCCUGCCAAUGCAUCGGCCGGCUCAAAGGCCGUCCUGGUCUGGAUUUAUGGCGGCGCCUGGCGCAAUGGAGCUUCUGCUGAGCCUCAGUAUGACGGAUCGAGCUUUGCGGCGAACCAAGAUGUAGUCGUUGUCUCGAUCAAUUACCGCACCAAUGCCUUUGGAUUCCCUGCAGAUGAAAGCAUCCCAAAGAAGGAACGGAACCUGGGUCUUCUCGACCAAAGACUCGCCCUCGACUGGGUCCACCGCAACAUCGCCGGACUGGGCGGCGACCCGUCAAAAGUAACAAUCAUGGGCGAAAGCGCCGGAGGAAGCAGCGUCGACGCCCUCAUCCUCGCGCCCCCCUCGCCCCUCCCUUUCCGCGCAGCAAUCAUGGAAUCAGGCCAAUCAUCCGUGAAAACACCGCUCGACGCCAAGCCCUCAAGCUACAAGAAAUCCUGGGCGAAGCUCGUCCAAAGCGCAAACUGCACAACCGACACCCUGAGCUGCCUCCGGAGCCUCCCCGCCACAACCAUUAAAACAAUCGCAACGAAAAACUCCCUAACCUUUGGCCCCAUACCAGAUGACGGCCUCACCCUCCCCUCGCACCCCCGCGCCAAACGCUCAAAUUCCACAACCAACACCUCAUCUAUCGCCCGCGUCCCCGUGUUGAUAGGCAACAACGCCGACGAAGGAAAGACUAGCGUAAUCGGCCAAAACGACGCGCGCAAAUUCCUCCAACCACUCAUCGGCAACUUCACCGACGCCCUCCUGGCAAAAUAUCCCCUCGGCUCACCAGGCGCACACACAGAAAAUGACCGCCUAGCCCUGAUCGUCACGGAAUUCCAGAUGCAAUGCCCCGUCGCGGCCUACGCGAACGCAAGCGCGAACGCAGGCAUCCCGACCUGGCGAUACCUGUUUAAUGCGAGUUUCCCGAACAACGAGAAGGGCUUCGGGGCGUACCAUACUGCAGAGAUUCCGUUCGUGUUCGGCACUUACCCUACGGCCAACCAGACGCGGUUUGAGAAGGAGGUUAGCUUUGAGAUGCAGAGGGCCUGGGCAGAUUUUGCGAAGGACCCCUUCCACGGGCCUGGCUGGGCGCCUGAGCCGGCUGUUGGUCUUUUUGGGGAUGGGGUUAAGGCUGGCAUGAGUGAAAAGGGGAAGGCACCGCUUAGGAUGAUUCAGUCGAGGCAGCUCGAUUUUAGGUGUCCGCUUUAUUUACCCUUGUAUACCUGA